CGCCACUCUAUGAAGAAACAUGCGGGAAGAAAAUACCCCGAGGUUGGAGCCCUUCACCCCUUUUCUUUUGCUUUUUUUACUCAACCUUUUAAUCAUUUUUAUUGCUACACUAUACUUGCCACUAUUUUAUUUUAAUUUCUACAACUCGACAACAACAAUAAAUUACCCUCAUUUCACAACACUUUUUAUUAUUGUACUUUAAAUUCUCUACCCUUAAUAUUUGCAUUUACUCCCGCUCACUCCCUCUGUUUUUUGUUUGGUUCGUUUACCAAAAUGGGCGUUCCGGAAACAGUGCUGCUGCAACACCAACGACAACAACCGCCGGCACCCGUCCCAAGCCGUUUCCGGCAUGCAUCCAAACUCCUCCUCCUCACCUUUAUUCUCUCCCUUGUUGGGUACAUGAGCGGGGGCAAAAUUGACAUGAUCUCGUCCAAGCCGCCUGCAGACAAAAGUAGUCCAACACUGAAGCUUCGCCAAGUCUACAUGCAAUCGACGCCCAAGCCCCCGCCUACGCUGGUGGCGCUGUCAACGCAAGGCACUCAUGCGGGCAAGGUGGCGCUCAGAGACUGGUACGAUGAUCAGGCACAGAUGGCGAAGGAUCGCGGAUACGCUUUUCCGUUUCGGCUGUCCAGAUGGCAGCAACCAGAAGGGGAGAUGGCUGUGGCGGAGGCUGCGGAACAGUACAGCGUGCAGUUUGAGGGUCGGCCCGCAGAGCAGCAGCAGCAACAGAGCGAGUUUAUGCUCAUGGAGCAGGCCUCGGAGAAAGGCGUCAGAGCAACGGGCACGGGUGCGAUGCUGGCGAGACUAAGGGCACAGUAUUUGCGCAGUGCGCAUGGCCGGCAGUACAGCUACUGGUCAGCCACGCCCCACCGUUUUACCGCCACCAACACGACGCAGGAUCCUGAGGAUCCGGAGGAGCCGAAGAAUCCCGAUGAACCAAAGGAGCCGGGAGAGGAGCCUCAUGAACCAGCACCAGCCACGCAGUGGAACUAUUUUGUCGAGGACGGAUUGCGCGUGCCCAACAUCACACACAAGCCGACACUGGCCAGCAUUGCACGCAUGGUUGCCAACGCCUACCAGCCAACGACCUCCGACACAUGGGAGCAUCUGGGCGACCCCUGGCGCACACACGACUCGUUUGGCUGGCAAUCCGACGGACUUCGCGGCCACGUUUUUGCCGAUGAAUCAAACACCACCGUUAUUAUUUCGCUCAAGGGCACAUCCUCGACAUUCUUUUUGGGCGGUGGCUCGGAAACCUCAGCCAGGGACAAGUACAACGACAACCGUCUUUUUUCGUGCUGCUGCGCUUAUGUAGACUUCACAUGGUCCACUGUAUGCGACUGCCAUUUGGGCGGAAACAAGUGCAACAUGACUUGUCUGCAGGAGUCAAUGGGGGACGAGACAUCGGAUAAUUACUUUUACGCUGCGGCGCAGAUUUUCAUGGAUGUCGUCAGGCAAUACCCUGAGGCGAACAUUAUUUUCUCCGGCCAUUCUCUUGGUGGCUCCCUCUCAAGUCUUCUCGGUCUUACCUUUGGCUUGCCCUCGAUUGCGAUGGAGGCGCCUGGCGAUCGCUUGGCGUCAGAGCGCCUGCACCUGCCGCGUCCUCCAUCGGCCAUCAUGCAGCGGCUGCCAUUGUUCCAUGUGGGCAAUACAGCGGAUCCCGUGUUCAUGGGCAUGUGCUCGGGUCGCACAUCCUCGUGUUAUUACGCGGGGUAUGCGAUGGAGUCGAGGUGUCAUAAUGGAAGACAGUUGGUGUUUGACACUGUGCUGAGGAGGGACUGGCGUAUGGAUAUAAGACAUCAUCGGAUUAAUGAGGUUAUUUACUUGGUCAUUGAGCCUUGGGGUAAUUUGGAUCCCGAGGAAAAAUUUCCAGAGCUGAGACUGGAGGACCCUGAGUGCGCUGACUGUGGGCUGUGGAAGUUUAUGGAUAAUGAUUCGCCGCAAUAAAAAUGUAAUGAAUGAUGCUAUGUUCUUUCAAGUAAUGGAAUGUUUUGCAUGACAUGUAGAAUAAAAUGAAAAGACUGCCAUCAGCAUGGGUGCCAACAGUUAAUUAUAUAUUUGUAUGUCAGCCUUUAUAGAGCAGGAGCAAAUAAAAAAUAGAACAGGAUAGAAUAAAAUAAAACGAAUUAUUCAGUGAGAACAAGGACGCUAUAAAUUUUCCGUCGACUGCAUCCAUUGUCUCAUGUCCAAUUUCUAUCAUUUAGUUGGUUCAGUGCCUCUUCGACAACGCUUGCUUAUUUGGCAAAAUGAGCUGACUAUUAAAUAAUAAAGAACUUGCAAACAAAAUCCGUAUUACCCGUUAAUAUAAAGAAAAAAGAAAUUAUUCUUGACAUUCAUCCAAC